UACAUCUUCAUCCUCAUCUAAUCAACAUCAUCAAUUUGCUAUCAACUUUAUACUCAUAUGAUGUAACUACAAUUAUCUAAUCAUCUUCAUGUCCUUUCAAUACAAUAACAAAGAUUAUCAAUUAAUCCUUUUACUUCCGCUUCCUUUAUUUGAUAAUCUCAAAAGUCAAAUUUCAAAUAUCAAAUGUUAAUCAACAAAAACAAGCAACAUCAAGUUAAUCACCUGAAAAGUUAAUUGUUUAUUUGUCUCCUUUAAGUGAUUUUGACACUUUGUUUUAAUCGUUUCACUUUGACUCAGUUAUAUGUGAUUAGGAUUAACACUAAUCCAUUAUGGAUAAUCCGGAAAAUUUGGUUAGUAAAUUGCGAUUAACUCAAUUGUUUCAUCGUAUGCAUCCAUCUUUAUUACAAUUAAUUUGUAAACACUCAAUUGUUGAGAGACUCGAUAAAUCAGUUGUUGUUUUCAGGCAAGGUGAUAAAGCUCACAAUUGGUAUGCUGUUGUCAAUGGAUCUCUUGAUGUUCAAGUUAUUUCAACCAAAUCAAAGGAAGUGGUCACUCUUUGUACUCUGGGCGUUGGAACGGGAUUCGGUGAAUCUGUGUUGACAGGUAAACCUCAUUCAGUUUCGGUGAUAACCAAUGAACCAUGUACCUUAUUGCGAGUUCGUCGAGAUGAAUUCCAAGAAAUCUGGGAAGGUAAUUCUCACCUGAUGGCGGACAUUGUUACCCCGCUGGUGGGUCUUCGGUGCUUGAAAACCGCUUCCUUUAAUAGAUCUCUAAGUAUUCAGGAAGAAACAAAAGCAACAGCAAAUUCUGUACUUAAUCCAGUUUAUGAUAAUAAUUCGACAAAUGGGACUAAUAAUAAUGUUAAUAAUCUGAACAACACCAACAACAGGAAAAGUAAUUCAACUCAGAAAAACAAUUCCCUUGAUAAUUUAUCAGAUCGAUUCAAGUCUACUGAAUGGGAUGGACCAAUUGAUCUUAAUUUGAUUGGUAAAAUUUUCCAUCAUCUAAUUAUCACUUUUGAUCCAAAUAUGAUUCGAGAUCGUAAAGAUAAUCCAAGUGGAAUUUUUCAUCGAAACUGUUUAAUUGGAUCAGAAUUGGUUGACUGGAUGCUAAGAUCUUCCAUGGUAACACUUAAACAUAUUCAUUCAAGAGGUCAAGCGGCGACCAUGUUUCAUGUCCUUCUCGAAGCGGGUAUACUGACCUCUACUACUGGAGAGCAACAGUUUUGGGAUAAAUUUAUUUUCUACCGAUUUAAAGUUGAUUGUGUUGAUAUUGAUGAAGGAAACAGUAGUGGUGUUGAUGCUGAAAGCUCAUGGAAUGGUCAACACUUGGACAGGGAAUUAGUUGACCUAUUGAAUGAUAAAAAGCAGAGAGAUAUUAUUCUUGGCCAAUGUUUAGAUAUUUUGGAUUCCCUGGCACCGGAAGCAAAUUUCAGGUUAAUUGGGUCAAAAAGAGCCUCAGAUCGGACACCGGAAGAGGUGGACUUUGUCUAUGAUGAACUGAUGCACAUUAAAGCCUUAUCUCACCUUGGAAAUUCAGUUCGUAAGGAAUUGGCUUCCGUUAUUGCUUAUGAAAAACACUCAAGAAAAGGAACCGUAUUGUUCAAUCAGGGUGAUCCUGGAAAAAGUUGGUACAUUAUCCUGAAAGGAACCGUUAAUGUGGUCAUUGUGGGUAAGGGUGUGGUCUGUAAUCUUUGCGAGGGCGAUGAUUUUGGUAAACUUGCUUUGGUGAACGAUGCCCCGAGGGCUGCAACCAUAGUGACCAAUGAAGAUAACUGUCAAUUCUUGAGAGUAGACAAAGAUGAUUUUAACAGAAUUUUAAGAGAUGUUGAAGCAAAUACUGUCCAUCUAAAGGAACAUGGUAGAGAUGUUUUAUUAUUACGAAAAAUGGUUCCAAAGAUCAUCCAAUCAACUGGUCAAUCGAUUAAUAAAUCAGUAACGAAUAACAAUCAACAACAAUCGUCUAAUGGUCAUUUCGCCUCAUCGGUUACUCAUUCAAAAUUUGUCUCUAGAUUUUUACUCUCAUCAUUAUCACCCUCACCUUCACCUUUACCCUCUGCUUCAGCCUCGGUCACAGUUCCGGUCAAUCAUUACUCUUCCCAUUAUAAGUACAUGGUAUUAGCUGGUACACCUGAGAAAAUGUUGGAACACCUUUUAGAGACUCGAAUUGAUGUGACCUCAUCGGCUCGAGAAAUGGUUUCCAAUGUUUUCAACAAACGACCAGGAAACGGAAACUCAACCAAUACUUUAACCCUUGAAAAUCUCUCAGGAGUUGACACUUUUCUUGAAGAUUUUAUAUUGACUCAUAUAAUUUUUUUACCUGUUCACCUUUUGUGUGUUUACCUGUUGAAACAUUACAGAAUUGAUCUACUCAAUACCCGACAAGAGAAGGAGUUUAUCAUUGCCUCCAAGAAACGGGUCAUCAGGUUUACCAAAAUUUGGUUCACCCUGAUAUCGGAUGCACUUUACAUAGAUGAUUAUGUAAUGAGUUACCUGGAUGAACUUAUUAACCUGUCCAAAAAUGAUUCUCCCAAAUUUGAUAAUCAAUUGAUUGAAGAGUUAACCCUUUUGGAGGGUAUUCAGUUUGAAAGGAAACGCUGGCAAGAUGCAAUGUCAACUCGAGGUAUUCAAAAGUACAAAUCAGAUUUACCUGGACCAAUACGUCGUAUGUCAACUAACGGGAUCACCGAUAAUCUAAUUGGAAUCGGUGAUGAUCAUAAUCAUCAAAAAAAUAAUCGUAAUCACGAUGAUUGGAACACAAUUAACAAUCAUUAUCAAUCAAUUCAACCCACAGAUGAAAUUAUUUGCAGGGUUUAUUGUGCUGACCAUACUUAUACUACCUUGAAGAUGACCAUUGAUUCAACCGCAAGAGCUGUUAAAAUGUCCGCUGCUGAUAAAUUGGGAUUAAAUAAAUCUGAUGGUGAAUUAAUUCUGGCUGAGGUUAAAUCUUCUGGUGAAAGGGUUUUAUUCAGCAAUAAGGAAGUCUCAAUACAAACUGGACUCUCAGUUAAUGGUCGUAUUUUUGUCUCACUGAUUGACCAUAUCGAUGCACUGACCCCUUUACCGGAACAGGAAGGACCCAAACAUGAUUCAUUUUUCUCAGCUCUAGAUGAUGUCUCAUCUCAGGAUAUCGCUUGUUACCUUACCUAUUACUCGUGGAUAUUAUUUCAAAAUGUUCAUGAGUAUGAAUUUAUCUAUCAUGUUUUUGGUCGGUCAAAUUUCGGUAAAAUAACGGCAAAUCUUGACCUUUUCCUGAGGCUAUUCAAUGAAAUUCAGUAUUGGGUGGUCACUGAAAUUGUACUGACCACUAGUGUCUCCAAGAGAGUUCAAAUAUUGAGAAAGUUUAUCAAAGUCGCUGGACUUUGUAAAAAUUAUCAAAAUUUGAGCAUUUUUUUCGCCAUCACAAUGGGACUGUCCAAUAUCGCCGUGUCACGAUUAACGCAAACUUGGGAUCGGCUUCCCGCUAAACUGAAACGGACUUUUACCCAAUACGAGUCUCUGAUUGAACCUUCUCGAAAUCAUCGAAAGUAUCGAGUAUAUUUGUCGCAACUUGAAGCACCGAUAAUACCAUUUACCCCGUUGAUACUCAAAGAUAUGACCUUUUGCCACGAAGGGAAUAAAACUCACAUCGAUAAAAGUUUAAUAAACUUUGAAAAAAUGGUUAUGUUAUCACAAUCUCUUCAAACUUUCAGAUUCUGUCGGAGUAAACAAAUGCGAUUCGAUUCAAUGGUCAAUGGUUCAGUCGUAAUCAAUGGAAAUAAUAAUAAUCAUAAUAAAGAAUCAAAUGGUUCAAGUGAUUUAAUCAAUAAUUACAAUCCAAUUGUUAACAAUUUAAGUAAAGGAGUUAAUCUUUUCUCGGGUCGGAAAAAUUCAUUAGUUAAAAUUGAUCAAUAUAUUAAAGAUUUAAAAGUUAUUGAUAAUCAACGUCUUCUAAUUCACAUAUCACAUAGUCUAGAAAAUAAGAGAACCUAAUCAGGUUAAUUGUAAGAAAUCAAAAAUCGAAUGCAAAUUAAUUAAACUGUUAUAUUUAUUCAAAUGUAAAACCAAUUCUAAAAUACAAUCAACAAUUUAAAUCGUUAUUUAUAUUAUAUAUACACAUAAAUGUAGCACCUUUUAACUUUUAUUAUGCUGAUCAAUGAUUGUUUAAUUUAACAAAAUAAAAUUUCUAAUUUAUUAAAUGUUUACAUUGAUUGAUAUUAAUUUAAAAUUAAUUACGAAUUAUUAUCAAUUAUUUGAAAAAAUUUCCUUUUUCUUUUCAAUCGAUUUUAUUGAUGCCAAAUGGCUAAUGCUUCAAACAUUAACUCCAGCGGA